AAACUGAUAACAAUAAUAAUGGUUCUACAAAAUCUUCAUCGAAAGAAGUUCUCAAUUACAUUGAACAUAUUCUUGGAUUUAAUGCUCGAACCAAAUCAUCGCAAUCAAAUGAACCUGUACCAAUUCAAUCAAGAGUUAAUAUAAUUAAUAUUAGCAGUUUAAAUGCUGCCGCUAUUCAUCAACAAGAACUUAAAGAAUUUUUUGAAUCUACCUCUAAAAGCCUCCAUACAUUACAAGACAACUUAAUGUUUCUUCAAAAUCUAAUUAACUCUGAACAACCAUCAGAACAAGAAUAUUUUAACAGUAAUGAUCAAGACACCUUAUUGCAUCAUCUUAACGGUAUUAUUACUUCAACCUCCUUCAGAGAAGCACAGAAUCUAGUUGAUGUUAUGUCUGAAGAAAUAAAACCUCAUAAGCACAUAACUUCUAACACCAAUAUUCUUCCACUAAAACAAGAAAAAAGACAGUUACGAAAACCAUCUUACACAAGUUGA